AUGGUUGGUACGGAAAAACCGAUAUUUAUGAUAACGAAGGGAAUUUGUAGUCAGUUUACACAACAUAUCUGUCUAAGGACACGUUCUAAACGAAAGAAAGCUGUGAUGAGCAACCAUAAUAAUCAAGGAGACAGUAGAAAUGGGUUAAAUGGAAAUUUUCAGCAGGCAGGUUCGAAGCCGAAUCCAAUUGAGGAUGUAAUGGACGCUUUUAAGAGCAUUGCUCUCACAGCAGGCUCUGGAGCGAUUCUUGCACCAAAUUGGCAAUCUACAGCACUAGUUGAAUCUGGUAAAGAACCUCAGAAAGGUCCAAGUAAUAAUAGAGAUCAAGGUACAACAGAUAGGAGUAACGGGUUGAACGAAGAAAGCAAGAACAAAGGCGUUGCCACCGAAAAUGAAGGAUGGGAUAAAAAUCGGGGCAAUUCUUUUGAUGCAAAACAGAAUAAUCAAGAAAAAGCGAAUUACUGCAAUACUUUCGGUAACUCGUACAUGGAUUUUGGAGACGUGGGUGAACCAAUUGCAGGUACUGAUGUUGGCUUAACUAGAGCGAAUAGCAAUCAACUAGAUACACAUCAUUUAAAUAAUCAUCAUUCACAACAAAAAAAUGCAUGGGACACUACUUAUGAUUUUGAAGGGAGCCAAAAUUUCGGAUGUCAAACGUACGGUUCACCAAUGUCACAAUCUUUACACGCUCAAUCUCACACAUCUCAAACUGAGUCUGAUCAUGAUCAUCAACCUGUAGUAUUAAGCACGGAUUCGAUAACCCUGAAGAUAAAUGCCUGGCACUCUAUUGCCGAUCCGCAUGCAGUAGAAAGAAAUGAUGGUAUUGGCACCGGACAACUGCAUCGCAGGGGAAGAAAUUACAAACCUGUUGAUGAGGCGACCGUAUUAGCGAUACAGCAGAAAGGGAAAAGUUCUGCCAAGAAACCCAAAAAACAGUUUGAAGACAAUUCCACGUUCUCCUCUUCUUCAAACACCAAGCCCAUACAAAAGAGUUUAAGUAGAUCAAAACCAUUACCGAAACCCGGUCCUCAUAAACUUCCUAAUAAUCCUUUUACUACCAACACAUCCACAUCAUCUUUAUCAUCUACAUCUCCUGCGUCAUCUGCACCACACAAGCCAUACACAGUUAAACAGGAAGCACGAACUACUCAACAACCACAGUCGACACGAGCACCUUCUCAAGCACCUGGUCAAGAAAGAUGGAAUUCUCCAAAUUUAGCUACCACUCCUUUCUGGGAAAUACCUCAAAAUAAUAUUUCACAAUCUGCUGCUAAGUCAACACAUUAUCAACAGUCACAAUCUUAUCGUCAUCCAUCGCCUGCUCGCUCACCGCGACCGUCAAAAUACUCACAGGAUUUUUUACCAUAUAUCCCACCAGAGUUCGAUUCAACCCCGUAUCGAAAGCAAUCAUCUCCUUCACCUGCUCGUGGUUAUUCGCCCGUUCGUGGUCACUCACCUGCUCGUAGUUAUUCAAAUGGUUACAUAGAUGAACCGCCCGAAUACGAGCGAGAGAGUAAUGAUGAUCAAGAAGAUUAUGAGCAAAAUAGCGAUGUCGAUGACGAACAUAACGUAUAUUAUGAAGAGGAUGAAAGUUUUUCUGAAAAAGAGGGAUAUGAGUCGGCAUCUGUAUUAUUCGAUGAUGAGCCUAUUUCACGUCCUCUUCCACCUCCUCUUGUUCCAACUCCAUUAUCGCCAAAACGUCUUGAUCUGUAUGAUCGAGGUUAUCAUCUUCUCACUAUUAAUGUAGAACUUUCAGAGUCAGAGCCUCCUCAAGCCAUUGUUGUUCACGUGAAUGAUGAUCCUGCGGUUUUAGCUAAAGAAUUCUGUGACAAGUGGCAAGUUACUAAUGAUGUUGUAGAACCUGCAUUAAUCCAAUUAAUUAGAGAAGAAAAGGAAAAACGUAUUGGAUGA